GAGGUUUUGCAUCCGCCGUAGUUCCUGCUUCGUCACCGAGGAGCUUGAAGAGUUGCGUGAAAGCCGUGAAAGCCACACCAAUUCACGUGAUGUCACAAAACUGGCAAAGACGAUUCUCAGGUUGACAACAGUUUUGGGCCUUGGGCCAACUGGUUCAAAUGCGCAGGGCCGGUGUGAAGACCACCGUGUUAGCAGUGGUGACAAUGAAACAUGGUGGAUCUGGCUCUCAAUCUUUUUGCUGGCAGUAGCAUGGGUUGGUUUUGCAGUGGCUGCCUACAAACUUUGGUUGAGGAUGAAUCAAAGAAUGGCACACAACGAGCUCCAGCAGGCAGAAACUGCCACGUUCAUGGGCAACCAGAGAGACUUGUUGGAUGAGCAACGUGCCAACCUUCAGGAAUUUCGCACACGAUACAACAACUAUGUGAGGCAAACAGAUCAAGGACUGGCCACACUUGAGGAGUAUGUUGAUUGUGUACAUGAUGGGUUGGUCCAUUAUGGUGGGUUUGUGAGAUUCAAUGAGAUCACCCUGCAGCAGAGGAGCACCUCCAGUGCCAAUGGAGGACAGUCAAAGGAGGAAGAGCCAACUUCAGAUGCAGAAAUCCUGGAGAACGACUCAAACACGAGAGAAGGAGAGUCGACCGGGAUCAUCAAGCAUCUACGUGAUCAGGUGAAUGAAGCUUUGGCUUUCGAGCACUAUGAGGAUGCAACAGAUAUCCAGACGACCCUUACAGCGGUGCUUGAGGCAGCUAAUUUCAGUCCACACCUCACAUUGGACAUGCAAGAAGGGUCACUGGAACAUAUCAGAGACUUUACAGGCGAGCCAGAAACCGAGGUGAUCAUGCGUUGUCAGGAGUUUACCAGGCGUUUGCAGAAGAUCUGCAUCGGUUUUUGUGAGCAAUAG